AGAUAUUUCAUUCAAAAGGGUUUAUCUUCUCUUACACUCUCACACACUCAACUGUUUCUCUCUCCUUCUUCCAUGGCGUGUACAAGCACCCUCCUUAGCGCAUCAAAACUUCCAAUUCAUUGCAGAAUCAAUGACACCUUCAAAAAUCCCACCUCUUCUUCUAUCUCCUUCUCCUUCUGCAAGUUAAAUAAUUCCGUUGGUCGUCCACGUUUGUUGUGGACAAACAGCAAGCCUGGUAAAAACACAAGAUCAGUACGUGUUUAUGGUUUAUUUGGAGGGAAAAAGGAUGACAAGGGUGAUGACUCAAAAGCUGGAAUACUUGGCAACAUGCAAAAUUUGUAUGAGACGGUCAAGAAGGCUCAAAUGGUAGUCCAAGUUGAAGCAGUUAAAGUGCAAAAAGAGCUGGCAGCAGCAGAGUUUGAUGGUUAUUGUGAAGAUGAGCUCAUAAAGGUUACCCUCUCUGGUAAUCAACAACCUGUCCGGACUGAGAUUACUGAAGCUGCAAUGAAACUUGGGGCUGAAAAACUCUCUCUUUUAGUUACCGAGGCAUACAAAGAUGCACACCAAAAAAGCGUGCUGGCAAUGAAGGAAAGAAUGGGCAAUCUUGCCCAAAGUUUAGGGAUGCCACCCGGCUUGAGUGAGGGUCUGAAGUAAGGCUUUUUGAACGAAUGUUGGAGGAUUAAUCUCCAAAGUGACUUCGGUUGAUCCAACAGAGGACUCAAAUCUUUUGCACUGAGUUAUGUAACUUCCUUGUAUACACUAGAUGAUAAUUCCAAUUCUUUUGAAAUUUUACGUAAUCAAAGAAUUGAACGUGGUCUAAUGUUGGGCUGAUGUAUGGUUGCAUUUCGACCAAUCUUUAGGUAUUGUUUUAAAUUUUGAUUGAUAUGGCAGCAUAAGGUGUAUAUUCCAGUACAACCUUUUUGUUCGGUGAGUGUGUAAAACUCCUAAUUCCUGAAGGUGUCUUGUUUUAGAUGAUUUGGA